CGCAUUUGUUGACGCCCCCGCCUACGGCGGCGGCGUACCGCCAGCCGCUGUUUGGCGCAAUGUCGGGCUUAACCAGUCGUUGCGCCUGGCAGCUGGCGAGGACCGCUUCAUGGCGUGCAUCUGGCCCCGCCGCUGGGGGCACAGGAGGGCCAGGGCGCCUGGCCCAGGCCCAAUUCGGAAGAGAGAUUGGGCGCCCGUGGCGUCCAAGUGGCUGAAAAACCGCCGUGUCAUCUUGCACACGGACGGCGCGAGGUCGUACAAGAUGAAGGUCGACGACGUCUUGCACGACUGGGUUGUCCACAAAAAGAAAAGGGUGCAGGUUGGCGGGAAGUGGGUGUGGCUGAAGCCUGCUUUCACGAAGGUCCGUUACCGCGAUGUGCCUGACGAGAACAAGCCCAGUGGGACGAAACGCUUGUGGGUGAAGUGCGGCACGCAGUUGAUCGACCGUGCCUGGGGCGACUUGCGCAAGGCAGUCGGCGAGGGCAACGCGAAGGCGGUGGGCUCUGUCCUCCUCCGCAACAAGGUGCGUUCUUUCCAAUGGGCGUACUGGAACCGCGGCAGCGACCUCUGGCUCGCCACUGGCCAGAUGCUCCGCGACGCGUGGGCCAAGGACUACGGCCAGUGA